AUGGCGCUGAGCAAGGGGCUGCGGCUGCUCCGGCGCCUGGAACCCGCGGGGGACAGCAGUGUCCUGCUGGAGGCGCGCGGCCGCGAGGACUGCCUGCUCUUCGAGGCCGGCGCGGUGGCCACGCUGGACUCUACUUCAAAGGAAAGCAUUAAGGGGACCUUUGAGGCCAGGCUGGACAGGCAUGGUCUUCUCACCCUCUUGUCGUCUUCUCUCCCAGGUGACACCACCCUGAGCUUCCUGGUCCUGGUGACUGGCUGCACCUCGGUGGGCAGAAUCCCAGAGGCUGAAAUCUACAAGAUCACAGCCACUGACUUCUUCCCACUCCAGGACGCAGGCGGAGAGGAGGACCGGCUCUUGGCCCUGAAGAAGAUACUCAACUCGGGCGUGUUCUACUUCUGCUGCUCCAACAAUGGGUCCCGCUUCGACCUGACUGUGCGGGCGCAGAAGCAGGGCGGGGACCCCUAUGAAAGCGGGAAUGCCUUCUUCUGGAACCAGCUGUUGCACGUGCCUCUGAAGCACCACCAGGUGAGCUGCUCCGACUGGCUGCUGAAGGUCAUCUGCGGGGUGGUGGCCAUCCGCACUGUGUACGCCUCGCACAAACAGGCCAAGGCCUGCCUCAUCUCCCGCAUCAGCUGCGAGCGGGCCGGCGCUCGCUUCCACACCCGCGGGGUCAAUGAUGAUGGCUACGUGUCCAACUUCGUGGAGACGGAGCAGACAAUUUACAUGGAUGAUGGGGUGUCGUCUUUUGUCCAGAUCCGGGGCUCCGUGCCGCUGUUUUGGGAGCAGCCAGGCCUUCAGGUGGGCUCCCACCAUCUGAGACUCAACAGAGGCCUGGAAGCUAGUGCGCCUGCUUUCGACCGGCAUAUGGUGCUUCUGAAGGAGCAGUAUGGGAAGCAAGUGGUCGUGAACCUGCUGGGGAGCCGCGGCGGAGAGGAGGUGCUCAACAGGGCCUACAAGAAGUUGCUCUGGGCUUCUUGCCACGGAGACACCCCUAUGAUCAAUUUUGACUUCCACCAAUUUGCCAAAGGCGGGAAGCUCGAGAAGUUGGAGAGUCUGCUGAGACCCCAGCUGAAGCUGCACUGGGACGAGUUCGACGUGUUCGCCAGGGGCGAGAAUGUGAGCCCGCGCUUUCAGAAGGGCACUCUGCGCAUGAACUGUCUCGACUGCCUGGACCGGACCAACACGGUGCAGUGCUUCAUCGCCCUUGAGGUCCUCCACCUGCAGCUCGAGAGCCUGGGGCUGCAUUCCAAGCCUAUCGCUGACCGCUUCGUGGAGGCCUUCAAAGCCAUGUGGUCCCUCAACGGGCACAGCCUGAGCAAAGUGUUCACAGGCAGCCGGGCCCUGGAAGGCAAGGCCAAGGUGGGCAAGCUCAAGGAUGGGGCCCGCUCCGUGUCACGCACCAUCCAGUCCAACUUCUUCGAUGGCGUGAAGCAGGAGGCCAUCAAGCUGCUGCUGGUCGGGGACGUGUACAGUGAGGAGGCGGCUGAGAAAGGCAGGAUGCUCAUGGACAACACAGCUCUUCUGGUGACUCCCAGGAUCCUGAAAGCGAUGUCAGAGCGGCAGUCAGAGUUCACAAAUUUCAAACGGAUCCGUAUUGCCAUGGGCACCUGGAAUGUCAAUGGUGGGAAGCAGUUCCGGAGCAAUGUCCUGGGGACCGGAGAGCUGACCGACUGGCUGAUCGACUCCCCCAAGCUCUCCGGCAUCGGCGAAUUUCAGGGUGAUGGCAGCCCAGCUGACAUCUUUGCUGUGGGCUUUGAGGAGAUGGUGGAGCUGAGUGCUGGGAACAUCGUCAAUGCCAGCACCACCAACAGGAAGAUGUGGGGCGAGCAGCUCCAGAAGGCCAUCUCACGCUCCCAGCGGUACAUCCUCUUGACCUCGGCGCAGCUGGUGGGCGUCUGUCUGUACAUCUUCGUGCGGCCCUACCACGUCCCCUUCAUCAGGGAUGUGGCCAUCGGCACGGUGAAGACGGGCAUGGGAGGAAAGACAGGCAACAAGGGCGCCGUGGGCAUCCGCCUGCAGUUCCACAGCACCAGCUUCUGCUUCAUCUGCAGCCACCUGACGGCUGGCCAGUCCCAGGUGAAGGAGCGGAAUGAGGACUACAAGGAGAUCACCCAGAAGCUGAGCUUCCCCACGGGGAGAGGCGUGUUUUCUCACGACUAUGUGUUCUGGUGCGGCGAUUUCAACUACCGCAUUGAUCUCACCUACGAAGAAGUCUUCUAUUUUGUGAAGCGCCAAGACUGGAAGAAGCUUCUGGAGUUUGAUCAGCUGCAGCUGCAGAAGUCUAAUGGCAAAAUUUUUAAAGACUUCCACGAAGGAGCUAUUAAUUUUGGCCCCACCUACAAGUACGAUGUCGGCUCCGCUGCUUACGACACAAGCGACAAGUGCCGGACGCCAGCCUGGACGGACAGGGUGCUGUGGUGGCGGAAGAAGCACUCGUUUGAUAAAACAGCGGGGGAGCUCAAUCUCCUGGACAGUGAUCUGAGCGGGGACUCCAGAGUGAAGCACACGUGGUCGCCCGGGGUCCUCCUGUACUACGGCCGGGCCGAGCUGCAGGCGUCUGACCACAGACCUGUGCUGGCCAUUGUGGAGGUCGAGGUGCAAGAAGUGGACGUGGACGCCCGGGAGAGAGUUUUCCAGGAGGUCUCGUCUUUCCAGGGUCCCCUGGAUGCCACCGUCGUGGUCAAUCUCCAGUCGCCAAGCUCAGAAGAGAGAAACGAGUUCCCGGAGGACGUGCGGGCCGAGCUCAUGCAGACCUUGGGGAACUACGGGACCAUCGUCCUUGUCAGGAUCAACCAGGGACAGAUGCUGGUGACUUUUGCCGAUAGUCACUCGGCUCUCAGUGUCCUGGAUGUGGACGGCAUGAAGGUGAAAGGCAGGGCAGUGAAGAUUAGACCCAAGACCAAGGACUGGCUCAAGGGCCUGCAGGAGGAGAUCGCCCGGAAGCGGGAAAGCAUGGCCACCGUGUCACCCGGCGCCAGUCCCUACCUGCUGGAAGAGAACUUCGACUUUGCCGGUCUGGACUACGAGUCUGAAGGGGAAAUUCUGGAUGAGGACGAGGACUACUUGGUGGGCGAGUGCCAUCGGCCAGUGGUUUCCGACAGCGAGCUGCUGGGAGAGGACCUUCCGGAAGCCCCUGGCCACACAGCAGUGGUGCCUGCCAGCAUGUCGCCUGCCCUCCCCAAGAAACCCCAGCAGCCUACGUAUACAGAUGACGCCGAGCUGGCCGAGUUAAAGCAGGAGCUGGAAGCCGUUGGGGAUUUCCGCCACCGCUCUCCAAGCAGGUCUCUGUCGGUCCCCAAUAGGCCUCGGCCACCUCAGAGACCACCCCCUCCAACUGGCUUGAUGGUGAAGAAGUCGGCCUCUGACGUGUCCAUCUCCUCCGGCAUCCACGGGCAGUACUCAGUUUUACAGACAGCAAAGCUGCUACCGGGAGCACCGCAGCAACCACCCAAAGCCAGGACCGGAAUCAGUAAACCCUACAACGUCAAGCAGAUCAAAACCAGCAAUGCCCAGGAGGCAGAAGCAGCGAUCCGGUACCUCAUGGAAGCUCAUGGAGGGACCCCAGAAGAAGCCCUGAAUGCCAUGGCCAUCAGGGACCCAGGGACCUCCAAGCCAGAGCCCAGCUCUGGGGUGGCCAAGCUGGAGUCUUACCAGGCUUCCCAGUGCCUCCCCCGGCGGCCUGCACCCAGAGUUCCAGCCAUCAAGAAGCCCACCCUGAGGAGGACAGGAAAACCCAUGUCGACAGAGGAACUGUGUAAGGAGCAGACUGCUCGCUUUACAAUCGGGCCGCCAGAGACCAGCGAUGAACCCCCUUCUCUAACCACAGCCAGGGUCCCUCCUGUCCCCAGACCCAGAACAUUUCAGCCUGGGAGAGCCUCUGAGAGAAGGCGGAGCUCCGGGAAGCCAGCAUCAAGUGAAGCCCCUGCGGGGACAUCACUGUGGGAGGUGCCACCCCCUGUGCCCAAGGUUCCUCCAAGGAGGAAGAAGUCAGCACCAGCCGCCUUCCACCUGCAGGCCCUGCAGAGCAACAGCCAGCUUCUCCAGGACCUCUCCUGUGGCAGCAGCCGUGAAGACUGUCCAGCCAAACCCCCACUGGACACCAGCUCACGCUACCUGCAGGCAGAUUUCCUUGGCAUGUCACUUGCCUCACAUCCUGACACCAGCGCCACCAAGGAGCCGAAGUCAGAGUCAGCCUCCCUUCUUGGUGACUGCCAGGAUCCCUUCUGGAACCUUCCCCAACAUGCUCAAAUGCUGGACUGUGCCUGGCUUUCUAAGAGUUCUGACCCAUUAGACCCGGGAACCAGGGGCUUUGAGAGGGCCUGUGCAGGCCCACCAUUAGCUAGUGCUUCAGCUGCAGAGGUGGGGCCACAGCCAGCAGACCACCAGCAGAAGGACAGGAGACACUGGGUGACACUCAGUGACAAAGACAAGAAGACAGCUUUGGAGUUGUUUGAUCCGCUGGCGAAAACGUGA